UGAGGCCCAGAGGCGAGCAGGAGGGGGCGCCGGGGGUUCAGCGCCAGGGGAGCCCGAGAGGCCGCGCGGCGCCCAAGCCCCUCAGAGCGCCGCCCUUUGCCUUUUCUCCAAAGUCAGCCCGUCUCCCUUCGGGUGCGGGCGCCCCGGGAGUCCGGGGGCUGCUGAGCUGGGGGGGCGUUCGAGCUGCGAAGAUCCGGGCUGCCCGCAGGAGGAGGAGCGGGCGCCCAGGAUGGGGUGCAUGAAGUCCAAGUUUCUCCAGGACAGAGGCAAGGUCUCAAAAACUGAGCCCAGCACCAACCCACACAGCCCUGUGUAUGUGCCAGAUCCCACAUCUGCAAACAAGCGACGUCCUGAUCACAGUAACGACAACCUACCAGGGUCCAAGGAAGGUCCUGAUGACAUAAUUGUGAUCGCCCUAUAUGAUUAUGAGGCCAUUCACCAUGAGGACCUCAGUUUCCAGAAGGGAGAUCAGAUGGUGGUCCUGGAAGAGUCUGGGGAGUGGUGGAAGGCUCGAUCACUGGCCACCCGGAAAGAAGGCUACAUCCCAAGCAACUAUGUCGCCCGUGUUGACUCUCUGGAGACAGAGGAGUGGUUCUUCAAGGGCAUCAGCCGGAAGGAUGCAGAGCGCCAACUCCUGGCCCCCGGCAACGUGUUGGGCUCCUUCAUGAUUCGGGACAGCGAGACCACCAAAGGAAGCUACUCUUUGUCUGUGCGAGACUACGACCCCCAGCACAGGGACUCGGUGAAACAUUACAAGAUCCGGACCCUGGACAGCGGAGGCUUCUACAUCUCCCCACGGAGCACCUUCAAUAGCCUGCAGGAGCUGGUGGCCCACUACAAGAAGGGGAGUGAUGGACUCUGCCAGAAGCUGACAGUGCCCUGCGUGUCCUCCAAGCCCCAGAAGCCAUGGGAGAAAGAUGCCUGGGAGAUCCCCCGGGAAUCUCUCAAGCUGGAGAAGAAACUCGGAGCCGGGCAGUUUGGGGAAGUGUGGAUGGCCACCUACAACAAGCACACCAAGGUGGCUGUGAAGACGAUGAAGCCAGGGAGUAUGUCUGUGGAGGCCUUCCUGGCAGAGGCCAACCUGAUGAAGACUCUGCAGCAUGACAAGCUGGUGAAGCUGCACGCAGUAGUCACAGAGGAACCCAUCUACAUCAUCACUGAGUUCAUGGCCAAAGGAAGCCUGCUGGAUUUCCUGAAAAGUUCAGAGGGCAGCAAGCAGCCAUUGCCGAAACUCAUUGACUUCUCAGCCCAGAUUGCAGAAGGCAUGGCCUUCAUUGAGCAGAGGAACUACAUUCACCGAGACCUCCGAGCCGCCAACAUCCUGGUCUCUGCGUCCCUGGUGUGUAAGAUUGCAGACUUUGGCCUGGCGCGUGUCAUCGAGGACAACGAAUACACUGCUCGGGAAGGGGCCAAGUUCCCCAUCAAGUGGACAGCUCCUGAAGCUAUCAACUUUGGCUCUUUCACCAUCAAGUCAGAUGUCUGGUCCUUUGGUGUUCUGCUGAUGGAGAUCGUCACCUACGGCCGGAUCCCUUACCCAGGGAUGUCAAACCCUGAGGUGAUCCGGGCUCUGGAGCGCGGAUACCGGAUGCCUCGACCAGAGCACUGCCCUGAGGAGCUCUACAACAUUAUGACACGCUGCUGGAAGAACCGCCCUGAGGAGCGGCCCACCUUUGAAUAUAUCCAGAGUGUGCUGGAGGACUUCUACACGGCCACUGAGAGCCAGUACCAACAGCAGCCAUGAUGGGAGGAACCAGGGCGGGGCCAGGUACCCAGCUGAUGCCAUCUGUCUGGUGCCUGCUCACCCUUCCCAUCCCGACACCCCACCUCGUUCCAGCCCACAGUUCCUCGUCUGUCAAGUGGGUGGGUUGAACUGGACAAUCUUUUUUUGACUCUAGCAAUCUAUAAUCCGCCAUCCUCAGGAGACCCCAAGUUGAUAUUUCUAUUGCCUAGGACAGCUGGAUUCCAGUUACA